GCCAAAUUAGGGAUAACUUGAUUAUCCUAUUUUGAAUAUCAAAACUGAUUUUACUGAUCAAAUGAUCUAACCCCUUUGUUCAUGUAAUGAAUUCUUUAGUCUGUGUCAAAUAAAUUGCUUUUUGAAAAGUCUAAAGUUAAACCUUUCUCUUAGCCCUAGAUAAUUGUCUGUAUACUACCAUUUCAAUUGUAUAUUUGUCAUCCCCAAUUAGUGCAUGUUUAGUUGUAUUCAACUUUUGGGUUUUGUAAUAAUAAUUUAUUUUAUUGAUAGUUUAAAAAUAUAUAAAUUUUUUUUGAAAACUAGAGAAAUAAAGAUAGAGAAAAGAAAAUUAGAUGUUAAGGUGAAGAGGGGGGAAGCCAUCUUUGAAGACCCUUCUUCAUUUUGAUUCCUUUUUCAUCUCCUAGGAAUGGCUGAUGCAAUUGUAUCUGCAGUUCUACAGCAGUUGGUUUCCAUUGCUUACACAGAGGCGGAACAAGAGGUGCGACUGGUUGUGGGUGUUGAAGAGGAAAUCCAAAAGCUUACCCAUAAUUUCAAAGCCAUUCAAGAUGUGCUUGAAGAUGCAGAGAAACGUGGGGUGAAGGAGGCCAACGUCAGGAACUGGUUAGAGGAACUAAAAGAUGCUUCAUAUGAUAUGGAGGAUGUGUUGGAUGAGUGGAAUACUGCUCUACUUAAACUACAAGUUGAAGCUGAAGAAAAGAAGGUUGAGAAUGGCUCCAUACUCAAGGUAUGCUCAUUUCUGCCCUCCUCUUGCCUUUGCAUCAACCAAGUUAUUUUGCGCCAUGACAUUGCCCAAAAAAUCAAAAAGCUGAAUGAAAGAUUAGAUGCUAUCGCCAAUGAGAGAAUCAGGUAUGGGUUUCAGUCUGGAAGGGAAACAAGAGAUCUUGAACGACAAAUGACUAGCUCUGUCAUCGAUGAAUAUCAGGUGCACGGUAGAGAAGAAAGUAAAAAUAGAGUGAUAAGGAUGCUGUUGGAACAAAGUAGUCAAGAGUCGUCCUUCCAAACGAUCUCCAUAAUUGGGAUGGGAGGAUUAGGAAAGACAACUCUGGCUCAAUUGGCCUUUAAUGAUAAGGAUGUAGUGGAAUGCUUUGAAAAGAGGAUCUGGGUGUGUGUCUCAGAUCCUUUUGAUGAGAUUAGGAUUGCUAAGGCAAUCCUUGAAUCCAUUACUGGUAGCACCCCAAAUCUCGUUGAAUUAGAAAAUGUACUGCAAGAAAUACAAAAGUCUAUUAAAAACAAUAAGUUUCUUCUUGUCAUGGAUGAUGUGUGGAAUGAAGAUUGCUUAAAAUGGGCAUGUUUGGAAUAUUCUCUCAAGUGUGGUCUUCCAGGAAGUAAGAUUUUGGUGACCACAAGGAAGGAAAGUGUUGCAAGUAUCAUGGGAAGCAGAAGCACCCACAUGCAUUUCUUGGAGAAAUUGCCAGACGAAGAGUGUUGGUCUGUGUUUAGCAACAUAGCUUUCUUCGGUAGAACAGAUGAAGAAUGCAAGCAUUUAGAAGAGGUCGGUAGGAAAAUUGCACGCAAGUCUAAUGGCUUGCCUCUCGCUGCAAAGUUCCUUGGAGGUCUUUUGCGAUUUAGGAAAACUAGAGAACAAUGGGAGAGUGUGUUAGAUAACCAAAUAUGGGAGCUAAAAGAGGCUGAACAAGAGCUUUUUCCUCAUUUGCUGUUGAGUUAUUAUGAUUUGCCUUCUGAAGUAAGACAGUGUUUUUCAUAUUGUGCCAUGUUUCCAAAAGAUUACAAGAUAGAGAGAGAGAAAUUGAUUAGAUUAUGGAUGGCGCAAGGCUAUCUUAAAGAAGAUAUGGAAAUUGUUGGCCGGGUAUACUUUGAUAAUUUGGCUAUGCGCUCCUUUUUCCAGGACUUCAUAGAAUCUUAUUCUGAUAAAACCAAUUUAAGAUGCAAGAUGCAUGACAUAGUGCAUGAUUUUGCUCAAUUUUUAGCAAAAAAUGAAUGUUUUUCGAUAGAAGCUAGCGAUAUUGAAGUGCAUAAAAUAGAGUCUUUACAUGAAAGAACACGUCAUCUAACGAUGUUUAUUGGAAAAAAAUCACCAUUUCCUGCCUCUGUUUACAAAUUAAAGAAGUUACGAAGUCUCUUGGUUCGGUUUCCUCCCCAUAACUCUGAAAUUCUACUUGAUUUAUUUAGUCAAUUGUCAUGUCUUAGAUCAUUAGCUUUUACCAUGCCUUUUUACUCUAAACUUCCGAAAGAGAUAGGACAACUGAUACAUUUGAGAUUUCUUGACUUGUCUAGUAAUUUCGAGUUGGCAGAAUUACCUGAAUCUUUAUGUUAUUUAUACAAUCUUCAAAUCCUAAAUAUUCAAUGGUGUUGGUUUCUUAAAGAACUUCCUCGUGGGAUGGGAAAACUAAUCAAUUUGAGGCAUUUAGAUAACCAUGGAACUAAUAGUCUAAAAUUUAUUCCCAAAGGGUUGGUACGAUUAACUUCUCUUCGUACAUUAGAGAACUUGGUGGUGGGAGACAAUAGUAAUGAUUGUGAAUCUAUGACUCUAAGCGAUCUGCAACAACUAAACAACCUUCGGGGCACACUCCGCAUAAGAGGAUUAGGAAACGUGAAAGAUGUCCAGGAGGCUACAAAUGCGCAGCUUCUAAAUAAGAAACACCUUCAUUACUUGGUGCUUAGAUUUAAUGGCCAGAUAACAGACACAGAGAGAAUUGAUCAUCUUCUUCUUGAAGCCAUGCAACCACCUUUGGACUUGGAAUUUUUAGAAAUUAAUGAAUAUAAAGGGCCUACCAUGUGUCCAAGUUGGUUAAUGCAACUGGAAAGGCUAAGGGAGCUUAAACUUCGGUCGUUCAUAAAUAUUGAGCAGUUGCCUCCCCUUGGGAUCCUGCCGGCUCUCCAAGAGCUCCACAUUGCAAAAAUGCCUAAAGUGAAAAAAGUGGGGCUUGAGUUUUUAGGAAUAGGCACUCUUCCAUUUUAUUCUGUUGCUGCUGCCUUCCCUCAACUCCAGUACCUUAAGUUUGAUGACAUGGAAAAUUGGGAAGAGUGGGAUUAUGAAAUCACAACAGGAACUAUUCAUCAUAGUAACAGUACAUUUAUGGUAAUGCCAUGCCUCAGUUCCUUAAUAAUUUGGGGUUGUCACAAGUUGAAGGACAAAGAGAAGAUUUGCCAUGAUUUGAAAAAAGUCAGUACUAGAUGACUCUUGAUGGAUCUAUUUUCUGCAACUGUAGCGGCUAUUGAUUCAGAGUGACAACUUUAAAGAUGGAUGCUGAGGUAGAAACUUCCCGAGGCGUGUUUCUCCUUUCCUCAACUCCAAGAUCUUAUGUUUGAUUUCAUGGAAAACUGGGAAGAGUGGGAUUGUGAAAUCCCACCAGGAUCUGUUCAUCAUAGUAAUAGUAGUACCAGUACCAGUACCUGCACAUUUAUAGUAAUGCCACGCCUCAGUUCUUUGCUCGUUCGGAACUGUUUCAAGCUGAAGGAACUAAAACAGCCGUACGAGGAUUUAAGAAAAGUCAGUCUUGAACACUUGAAGCAUGACUUUGAUCCAAGUGCAGCGGCUCUUAAAUCAGAGUGGCGACGUCGACGAAGGAUGUUCAAGUAGCAACUUCCCGAGGCGAGUUUCUCCUUCCCUCCACAGGCGCUAUCAAGUGACGUGCCUGCUGCUGAUACGGGACAGGCGUGUCUCUCCUUCCCUGUACAGGCGUUUCUCUUCUUCCCUCUACAGGCAGGCUCGAAGAACGUUCCUGCAGAUUCAGGAAUUAAAUUUUACUGUCUUCUUCUCAGAAAGCAUAAUCCAUGCUAUAAGGCGGAGUUUAGUUUUAUAUAGAAGAUCUCAGUCCCAAAUGAAAACUUCAAUUAACUUUGUUCCAUUGAUAACUACAUAGUUGAACAUCAAAUGUGUUUGCCACCUUCUUUUCUAACCCUUCUCUGCUGCUUGUGUGGAGUGAAUUGAACAUUCAUAUUUGUCAAAUGAUGCAAGUCAGCUA